AUGCAAAUUUUUGUAAAAACAUUAACUGGAAAAACCAUUACCCUUGAUGUUGAGCCAUCUGAUACGAUUGAGAAUGUUAAGGCAAAAAUUCAAGAUAAAGAAGGAAUUCCUCCUGAUCAACAAAGAUUAAUAUUUGCUGGAAAACAAUUAGAAGAUGGAAGGACCUUAUCAGAUUAUAAUAUUCAAAAGGAAUCUACUUUACACUUGGUCUUAAGAUUAAGAGGAGGAGCCAUAGAACCAUCCUUAGCACAACUAGCUCAAAAAUACAAUUGCCAAAAAUUAAUUUGUAGAAAAUGUUAUGCUAGAUUACACCCAAGAGCUACCAACUGCAGAAAUAAAAAAUGUGGAAGAACCAAUCAACUAAGACCAAAGAAAAAACUCAAAUGA